GCUGGUGACUGGUCUUGGUACAACAAUGGCCGGAGUCGAAGCUACACAACCUGCUCAGGGUUACAUUUCCAAAACUAACAGCGUCCCAACUGAAGGAUAUGACAAGAAGUGUAUUUUCUGCAGGAUUGUAAACAAUGAAAUGGGGACGGAGCUUCUGCACUGUGAUGAAGAGAUUUCAUGUUUCAGAGAUAUUAAACCUGGAGCUCCACACCAUUACCUGGUUGUUCCAACUAAGCAUGUUGGAAACUGCAAAUCACUCAGCAAAGAGCAUGUGCCUUUAGUGAAGCGUAUGGUCGAUACAGGGAAGGAGAUUCUGCAAAAAAACAAUGUAACGGACCUCAGUGAUGUCAGGUUUGGUUUCCAUUGGCCCCCAUUCUGUUCUGUCACACACCUACACCUUCAUGUCCUGGCACCUGCCAGUCAAAUGGGCUUCGUGUCCCGCCUCUUCUACAGACUCAACUCCUAUUGGUUUAUCACAGCAGACCAGCUGAUUGAGCUUCUCAACUCUAAAGGAGAAACCAACUGAUAACUUGGAUCCAGUUUUUGCACGAAUUGACAUGAUGAGGUGACUCUUCCUUCUUAUAGAUGUCAUGUUGGAUGGGACACACAUUACUCUGCUGUCUGUUUAGCCACAGCUUCUGACAGUAUUUUAAACCGGUGAUGUACCUAUAACAACAGACUACCUGAUUUUUAGUUUUAGCAUGUUUAGUAUAAAAACAUUUGGGACUUAUAGCCGAAUAAAAGCUUGAAUGAUGCCAAAUCUUUAUUUUAUGUUAUUUUUUUAAUUGUUUUGCUGCUUGAAACGUGUCAAACAAAUGUUCUAGGAGCAUUCUGGUUUUGACUGUUUUUACUGACAAAGUGAAUUGAAUCUAAAGUAAUGUAAUAAAACGUAUUUAGUUCAUGGACCAAAGAGCAUACAGUGUGAUUCAGAUCUUUCUCAUUUUUAAUUUCAACAAAAUUGAAAGAUGGGUUGAGCAGAGCAAUAGACUUACUGAGAGGACUUUUCAUCAUUUCACUGCCAGAAACACCAAUUUAGCUCUUUAGCUGUUUGAUUUCCUGUUAUGCACGUCUGCUUUCAUGCUAUAAACAUCUGAUUUUAUGCAUGCAAAAACAGAAAUAUAUUUAAAACUCUGCAAGAAAGAUGAGUGAUAUAAUCCGUAUAUUGACAUAAACUGUGCGUACAUUGAUUAUCUAAGCUGUGUUAUUCUUGCAGCAUAGCUGACAUGGGUCAAAGGAUAGAGUAACAUCUUCAUUAAAUAUUAAUAAGGGUCCUUAAAGUAGGAAGCAUGGUGCACUUCAUGUUGUUAGCAAGCACUGAAAUAUAAUGCUGUAUUUGUUAAUACAUGCUCAUCUGAUAUUUGAUUUGAAGUAAUGUGUAAAGGUCUAUUAAGAAAUGUAAUAUGGAGUAAUGCUACUGUUCUAUAUUAUCAGAAUGUAAAAACAAAACCACUGAGCUCUGUUUAAAAAGGUAUGCACUUUAAGAUUUACUUUAAUUUCGAAUAAAGAAUAUAUUAUUA